AGAAGAAAAUUUUCUCAAUUCAUAAGUAAUCUCUCGUCUAUAAUUAUUUGCAUUUUCUGUGAUUUGAUAAUGUUCCAAACAAAUUAAUAACCAAUACAUAAAUAUCCACUUCAUGUAAAGUAUUAAUGACUAAUUUAAGUAGGUAACUAAAUAACGCGAAAAUUCCUUAAAAUAGUGAAAUUACAAUAGAGAGGAAAAGAGAGAGAGAGAGACAUAGUUAAGUAAGAUUACAAGAAGAAAACAAUAAUGAACAACGAAAACAAUGUUGUUCACGAUGCAAAUGCCUCAACAGAAGAAACCUCACCUACCAGCGCAACCAAAGAAAAGAAAUUAAGUUGGUUUCAUUCCUUGACACGUCGCAAAAAAAUCGCAUCACCCUCUUCAACUAACAGCAGCAGCACUGCCAGUAAUGAUACAAUGAAUAAUAACAAUGAACCUGCUGGUAGGAUGUCGGCGGGAAUAAGUAGAGAAGAGGGAUUAAAUGCAAGCUCAAGUAAAGGACGUAAAAGGAAAGAAGACAAAAAUGUAUUUCAACGUUUUCGUAAGAAAAUGGGUCUACGUUUUCAUUCGUUACGUCGUCGUCACGCCGAUGAAAAUGGAGAGAUUUAUGAUAUUAUUGCCAAUGGCACAAUAGAUGCCUCCUCCGAAUUUCUUACCCAUUCGCCAAUGCAUGAAUCCUUGUCCUUCAAUUUCAUACGAAGUAACAGUCAAGCAGCCAAUUUACUGCAUGAAGAGCCCGAGAUGAUACCUUUUACACAAGACUUUAAACGUUUUAUAGUAAAAAAAUGGCUAGAACGUGAGGAAGGACCUAAUCGCGUUAUGUACAAAGCCAGCAACGAAAUGUUAAGUCAAGUAUGGUACUGGGGUGAGAUUUCAAGGCAAGAUGCUCAAAAACAAUUAACCGAUAAACCGACAGGUUCGUUUCUCGUACGUGAUUCCGAAAGUAUUGGCUGUCAGUUCACGUUAUCAUUUCGUAUAAUCAAUGUAACAUUACACUAUCGGCUGGAGUAUCGCGAUGAUUAUUGGCAUUUUGAAGAACUGGAAUACGAGUCCAUAGUCGAGAUGAUUGAAGAUAUUCUGUAUCGCUGUACGAAUGAUAAUUUUGUAUGUUUUGUUAAAGUGCCGAAUGAAAUGCAACCACCAUUUCCCGUUAUACUUAAAUAUCCUCUCAGCCGAUAUUUGAACAUGCCCAAGCUGCAGGAUUUAUGCCGUAGGGUAAUACAGCGCACUAACACUGCUGAGGAAAUAGCUCGUUUACCUCUACCGCCUACGUUGAAAGAAUAUUUGGCUGAGAAAAGAGAAUUGCUCUUUUAGAAGCGAAAACCUUGCACUCUAUACAAAAACCCCAAAACCAAAGAUUUUCAAAGCGAGAUUUAACCUCUCACUGUGCAAUAACAACGUCUGCACUCCAAUAUUUUUUUUUCUUGUAUUUGUUUUAUAAAGCAUUCAACUGCUUUUUCACAUUUUAGCUGAGGCCUUUAUGCAUUUAUAUGCGUAUGUAUGUAUGUAUUAUCUCUUAAUUGAAGGCUUCUUCCAAAAAGUUUAUCAUUGUGUCUUCCUUAAAACGAACAAUAUAAGCAUUACCUAACAACAAUAUUAGAGUUACUUUUCGGUAUUCCUAGAAAAUAGAAAAUAUUUUGUUUUAUACGUUAUAUGUGAUACUGAUGAUGAUCAAUUUAUCCACAAACGUAACAAUACGCACACUUAUAGAAACAUAUUUGAAAUAUUCAAAAAAUACAUAUAAUAUAUAUAAAUAUAUAUAUAUAUAUAUAUAUUUUUAAUAUAAUGCAAAAACUAUUACAUUUUCCUGUUCGAACUUUGUUUUGUUUGUUUCGUUGUGUGAAUUCGCAGCAAGCAAGUCAGUAGAUCCUUUAGAAUUUUUAUAAGACCGUCAAAGAAUAGUUAUAGUUUUCUUCUAUGCUUUAUCCAGAUUGUUGAAGAAAAAAUCAUUGGUGUUUUGAUCAAAAAGUAUCGGGAACCAAAAUCAUUUAAACAUCUCACAAAGUGAAAUAGUCAGUAAGCCUGUCUUUCUUCUCUGCAUUUGUCGCAUUAAUGUCUGCGCUGAAUAUCAACUGCAAGAAGAACAAGAACAAGAAUAGUUUCUUGGGCAGCAGAAAGAAUUCCGAAAUAUAUACUAGAUUGGGUAUGUUUGACCUCGAUGUUAAUGGCCAACAAAUCAAAAGUGAAUCUGGAACAAUGCGUUGAUAAACCACCUCCAAUUAGUUGUAGAUAUCAUGGACAUUAAAUAUUGCGGGUAGAUUUAACACAUUGAUGAUCCCUACUUCAAUCUAUGCGUUUACAGGCGUUAAAAAACAUCCUACAGUUCCCGA